UGCUCAAUCAAUUUUUGUCUCUCUCGCGGUGCUCACAGUUGUUAUUUGGAGCCUUCUUUAAGUAUUAUAAUUUACAUGGUUAACAUGUCCUCAUUAAUACUUACGUUUCAUUGUCAACGUUCUAAUAUUUUUUAAUUCAAUUAACUCAACAUCAAAAUUCAUAUGAGAAGUAGUUGAUAAGAUGAAUGGUAAAGAAGUAUACCUAUGCAUAUCUAUUAUACGUUUAAUAUUUUUUCUAAAUUUUCUCAACUCUAAACUUGGCAAAACAAGUUGUUUAGAAUUUAGAGACAUUUUACCUGAAGAUGUUAGACUGUACGACAAGAUGAGACCACCAAAAAAAGAUGGAAUGGCAACUAAAGUUCAUUUUCAUGUUACGGUGAUGGGUUUGGACUCCAUUGAUGAAAAUGCUAUGACCUAUGCCGCUGAUAUAUUUUUUGCUCAAACAUGGAAAGAUCACAGACUUCGACUUCCAGAAAAUAUGACUUCUGAAUAUAGACUACUAGAAGUUGAUUGGUUAAAAAAUAUUUGGAGACCUGAUUCUUUUUUCAAAAAUGCAAAAGCCGUGACUUUCCAAACUAUGACUAUACCUAAUCACUAUAUGUGGCUCUACAAAGACAAAACCAUACUUUAUAUGGUCAAAUUAACUUUAACGUUAUCAUGCGCUAUGAAUUUCAUGAUCUAUCCUCACGACACUCAAGAAUGUAAAUUGCAAAUGGAAAGCUUAUCUCAUACUACAGACGACAUGAUAUUUCAGUGGGACCCACAAAUACCUUUGGUCGUAGCUGAAAAUAUUGAACUUCCUCAGUUGCAAUUAGUUAAAAAUCAAACAGCAGAUUGUACUCAAGUCUACUCUACAGGUAAUUUUACGUGUCUGGAGGUGGUUUUUGUAUUAAAAAGAAGAUUGGGAUAUUACUUAUUUCACACAUAUAUACCUACAUGUUUAAUCGUAAUUAUGUCGUGGGUUUCAUUUUGGAUUAAACCAGAGGCAGCUCCGGCUAGAGUUACAUUGGGCGUUACGUCACUAUUGACUCUAUCUACCCAACAUGCUAAAUCUCAAGCUUCUCUACCUCCAGUUUCUUAUUUAAAAGCCGUUGACACGUUUAUGUCAGCAUGUACAGUAUUUGUGUUCAUGGCACUUAUGGAAUAUUGCCUUGUAAAUAUCGUGCUUGGCGAUGCUGAUAUUGCACCAACGUUUUCGAAAAAAACCUUUGAUUUCAGCUUCAGAAGUAGCAUAAAACCCAUCGACGGUCAUUCGAUUCCACCACCGCCUCGUCCUCCACCACAGGCCACAGCCGCUGCUGCAGCCGCUUCAACGGCAAUUGCUCAAAGGAACCGCACAAGAGCAUUAAAAAUCGAUCGAUUUUCAAGAAUUUUCUUUCCUUUAUUGUUUGCUGUACUUAAUAUGACUUAUUGGAUUGUAUUCGCUCGAUUUUUAUAAAAAAAUUUUCGCUCCGUACUUAAAAAUAACAUUGGGGUUACAAAGUAUUCAUAAGUUUGGAAUCCAUGAACCAGAUUCAUGUAUUUAAAACUUCCUAAACAUAAUUAGAUUGCAAGUAAAAUAUUUUCAAAAUAGGGGAAGGAAGAUACAAACACUUUAGACCUAUCUUUUACCUAAGCAUCUGAACUAUAUUAUGAUAGAGUUAAUAAAAUAAUCAUUAUUUGUCUAUUUUUCAACCAAAAUNAU